AUGAGAUACGCGGUACCUUUUGAGAUUAAGUUUAGCCCGAGAGGCGUUGUGACUUUCGCGUUUCAGCCGUGCGAGAUAUUAUGUUUGGUUCAUGUCCAGGGCAAGGUCAACAUGCAAUCACACUACACUCCAAUCCAGGAGGUCCAUGCCAGCCUGUGCCACCUGCCCUCAAACUGUUUCCUUGUACAACUCAGCGCACUUACAGAUACAUGCCCAUCUGUGCCUAUAUCUACACAACCUGCAACACCAGCAAAUGAGCAAAUGCCCAGCAAUGACCAGUCCCCAGCGGCCACCAUACCAGCCAUCACCAGCGGAUGCAGCUGCCACAGCUGCAGUGGCGACACCAUCACCGCCAACUGGGGGCAGCAGAGGAGAUGCUCGAGAUAUGCGGCUUCGGAAGGAUGA